GGAAUCAGAGAGGGAAUCAGAGAGGGAGAGAUAGAGAGAGAGGUGGGGAGUCAGAGAGAGAGAGAGAGAGAGAGAGAGGGAAUCAGAGCUGCUUGUGUUUGAGGAAUGUUUAAUCCUGACAGAAUUGCGGAGAUUCUUUUGUCCUGGAGGAUGGCUGGAGUGAUGUAGCAGAAGUAGAGCUCUACAGGGAAUGGAUGAACUCAUAGAAUCAUUGGAGCGGCAUCUGCAGAGACCCCUGCUGGCCAAGUCUAGAACAUUACCCAGCAUCCCUCAGUCUCCCAUCGUGGGCCGUGUGCAUCAGAACUCUCAGCUGGUUGGUGGAAGUGAGCCCUGCUCCCAAUUGGCAUCUAGCCCCACCCACCUCAGUGCUUGCACACUGCCCCCUGCAGAUUAUGCCUGGCAAUUAGAAGAUGAUAAUGAAGGUGAAGAACAGCAGGUUGGGUCAGAUGUGAAGCUCUGCCCACAUUCACGGUCACCAUUCUCCCAAUUGCAUCGCCGAGCCGCAUACCUAAGGAAGAGUCUUUCUGUUGACGACCAACUGGGUGUGUCAGAGUAUGCCUCCGUCCAUUCGGAGGGGCGUGGCCUACACAGUGGUAAAGGAAAGCUGAAGAGAAAAUUUAGUCUUGGUUCUGCUGACAGAAAGGAAGCGAGACAAAGAAGGGUGGACUCUGGUAUUCUGCGUUUGACUCAGCGUCUCUCUGUAAAAGACAAGAAACAGGAGAAGAGUUUCUACAGGAGGCGCUCUCUCAGCGUUGACUGGGCGGAGUCUAAGAUGACUCAACGGGUUCAGGAGCAUUGCCCACCAGCAAUGCAUAAAUAUUCAAGCUCGUCUUGCUCUUCCCCACCCAAUGCUGCACGCCGUCUCUAUAGAAACCUUUCGGGAAAAUUUCGCAUGGCAAAUUCAGAUGAGACGGAAAACAAGGAGCAGCUACGCAAAGCUAAUGCAUAUAACAGGGCAUUGUUUGAGGCAGUGGAACAGCAGGAUCUGGAUCUAGUUGAAUCACUCCUGAAGAACUUCAGUGUUGAAGAGCUGGACCUGAAUACACCAAACAGUGAAGGGCUUCUUCCUCUCGACAUUGCCAUCCUUACUAACAAUGUUCCCAUGGCUAAAUUGUUACUGCAAAAGGGUGCUAAAGAGAGCCCGCACUUCGUGAGUCCUGAGGCAAGGGCAGUUCAUCUGUCUGCCUUGGUGAAGGAGGCAGAGCUACGUGUGUCUGAACUGGCUGCCCAGGUGAAGGGGGCGGUGUCAACAGAUGAAGGGGCUGACACAGAUAGAGAGAAACAGCUGAAGGCAUGGGAGUGGAGACUCCGCCUCUACAAACGCAUGCAGACAGGAUACACACAUGCUAGCCCCCCCGAUCCACCCAGCUGUGUACGUCUCUCCGUCAGCAGUUCUUCAAGUCUUAAAGUUAAUUUUCAGGAGCCGCUAUGCCUCAACGCUGCUAUCAUCACCAAAUACCGUGUGGUAUGGAGUUCCUCUCCUUCCUUUUCUUCCCUGCUUGGCGAGAUUGUGAUUGAAGACACAACCCUACUGCAAUGUGACAUCACAGGCCUUCGAUCUGGUGUACAUUAUUAUGUUCAGGUGUUUGCAUAUAACAUGAAGGGAUGGAGUGAACCUCAGAUAUCUGUACCUGCUUGUGCUGCUCCAUCAGGAUGGCGGGAUGUGGAUGGUCGUGUGCCAAGGUUAAACGGUCUCACUGAGACGCUGCUCCAGAUCCUGGGACAGAUUAAAAAGUCACACCAGCACUGCGUGUGUCAUGAUCAGUGCAAAGGACCACCAAAUGUCAGGAAGCACUCUGUUUCGAAAAGCCUGAAACAUCUCUUCCAGCCCACCAGCAAAUUUGUUAAAAGUCUGAAAAGGGGUUUGUACGUAGCGUGUGUGUUUUAUAAAGAUGAUAACAUUGUGGUCACGGCGGAGGAGCAGCUGCCCAUCAUAGAAGUGGAUGAUUCUUACAGCUCCCUCACGCAGGACUUUCUGUGGUUCACCAAGGUGACGUAUUUGUGGGAGGACAUUCUAUGGCUGCAGCAGUGUGCUAGCUCCACCCACCCAUCCUGCUCCUGCACCCUGCAGACCCGCCUUAAAAUUCUACAAGCUAUAACACAGCUUCAGGCUCUGUUAGGCACUCAGGACCUGGGCCAGGUGUACUUCGAACCCCUGCGUGAUAAGCAUGGUAAUGCCCUGCUGGUGUUGCUGCGUGAUUUGGGCGGAUGUUCAGAUCUGGACACACAGCGAUGGUCUAAACUCUGCAAACUCCAGCAGCAGCGCAAAUCCACCAGCUGUGCAGAUGAACCUACAGCCCUGGACACACUUCUCAUCACCCUGCAUGAGAAGCUUACCUAUCAUAAGCGCAGUAGGAAGAUGCUCUCUCCUGGACUCUAUUUGGGUUACAUGAAGCUCUCCAGCUCUGUGGAACAGAUCAGAGUUUUGGUUCCUCAGAAAAUCCCCAAUGUGUUCUGCCAUGUCAAAAUACGGGAAAACAGCCACGUCUCCAGGGAGGAAUGGCAGUGGCUGCAGUCAGUAUGUUCUCUGGAAAACACUCAGGAUGUGUACGCUAAUGAGCAAAACGCUGCACAUCAAAUCCUACUGGAGUUACACAAUGCUGCCAAUGAUCUUCUUGGGCGCAUCAAUAUUUCAAACAACCAGGCUCAGGAUUUUCGUAUUUAUGUUCAUGAUGUGCUUGAAUUCGGGGAGGGCGUAUCCUUUCUCUUGCUCCUCCCACCAUAUGAGGAAGUGUGUAUGCCGCCUGGUCAAAACAACUUCUCCCCUCGAUUUGGCUUUUUUACCCUACCUCUCCAGAUCUUUGAACUGGUUCAUUUUGGAGCGUACUGUCCCAGUUUUAUUGGUCAGUAUUGCCGUGCAUCAGCCAGCUUGGAUCUGGAGUCCCUCAUUUCCCAGCAGGCUUUGCGUGAGGCUUUUUCAAAGUCUGAGCUGCUCACAGCCAAACAGAGACACCAGAAAGUCCAGGAGCUUGUACAGCAGGUGGAUGAGAUUUGGCGUGAGGCUCGUUGGAUGGUGGAGGUGUUACAAUUUGCUCGUUAUAAACAGCAGCGUGUUGGUGUGAAUCUUGGCUCCAUCAUCGACUUUAGCAAGGAGAACAUUGUUGAAAAAACACCUUCUACCUCUUCCCAGCCUGACUAUCUCCCUUCACCUGCCCCCUCACCAGUCAAUACACCUGCCCCUUCACCUGGUAGUGGCCGCAAAUACCCUGAUCCUCUGUCUGAUGAUGAAGGUUCCUUGGAGGUCUUCCUUACUCCAGAUAGUGAUUAUAGCUCCAGCCCACGAGAACUUGACCUCCUUCCACCAUCACACCCCCUUCCUUAUACACACACUCUUGCUCAGCCAGAUGUGCUGUGCUCAGGGGGCAGAGUCAGAGUAGGGUCAGAGCUGAUAGACAGUGACUUUGUCCUGCCAAGUCGUCAGAUCGAGCUGCUGCGCAUCACAGAGAAAAAAACGGCCUUGUGUGUGCGUACCAGCAGCCUUGAAGCCCCACCCACUCCAUCAGUGACAACACCAAACCCCUCCCCUUCAAAAGUUUGGGUGCGCCCUGUACCUACACGCUCCUUAUCGGAAGACAGCGGGAGGAAACAGAAGUCCUCCCACUGCAGAAACUCAGCUCACAGAUCCUGCUACUCAACAGUCAGGAUUUAUCCACAAUACCACACGGGGCUUCCCAAGGAGACUAGUGUCAAGCUGAGAGUGACGAUACACACCACAGCGAGGGAGAUGGUGCAGUUGGUGGUUCAGGAAAUAAAUGGACUGUGUGCACGUCUCCAGAGUGCAGUGCAGCAGUGUGUGUGCCCUGCGCAGCCUGUGGUGACGGUAGCAAGGAAAAACUCCCUCAGACGACAUGAGGAAGAAACCUUGAGAGGAACCAGACUCAAAAGGGAACCCAUCCUCAUUUGGGUGAUAACAGACAAUGUGAUUAUAAAUAACUUGCUUCUAUAACAGUGUCCUACAGAGUCACAAAGUAUGACUGUGAAACCAGGAAAUUCAUUAUAGUUUUAACAUGAAGUCUGAUUUGUUGAUGUUAUAAACUGUUCAUUGAUGGAAACUUGAGUGCAAACCUGUUCAUGACAACUGCAGUCCUAAAAUUAGCAAGUCAACUGUAGUCCUCAGCUAUAAAAGCAUUACUGUAAGAGUCCAGAGCGUCCUCCAGGUGUGACUUUCAACUGUCCUCAUGGGGCCGUCCUCCACAGGAGCGAUGCGAUGAGACUCCAACCAGACACAGGGCAUCAGGAUGGAUCAGGCAGGUCUGAUAAUGAGAAAUAUAGGGCCACACUGAAUGUUCUAGAUCUGCACCAAACUUUUCAGAAUCAUAACAAUAAUUCUAGAGCUGGACGAAGGAUUUUAGAACUGUGAUGAUUAUUCCAGAACAGAGCCACACUCUGGAUCCUUGAGAUACAAAGAAGCUUUUAUAAUGGUAGAACAUUACAGAGCCACAUGGACUAUUUUAGAGCCAUAAUACAGGUCAUAGAACCACACAGAGCAUUUUAGAGACAGACUGUGAAUUAUGGAGAUAUACAGAGGAUUUUAGAGCCAUAAUGAUAAUUCUAGAGCUGCACUGUGAUUUCAGAACCAUAUCGAGCAUGUAGAGAUGUGCUAAUGAUUUGGAACCUUCAUGAGCUUUUUAAAUAAGCAUUCUAGAACCAAACUCAGCAUUUUAGAUCUGUGCUGAGAAUUUCAGAACCGUAGUAAGCAUUCCAGAACUGAAUCAUGCAACCACACUGAGAGCUGCACAGAGGAAUCUGUGGAUUUUAGAACCACACGUGUGGUUAUAGCUGUCAGAGAUUUUUUUUGUAUAAGGUAAAAUAAAUACACUGGUACGGCUCAUCUCUAAUUGGUAAAUGCUGUGACCUCAGUGUGGAUCCAGACGUCUACCAAAAAUACUUUAUGAAGUAUUUUUAUCAUAGUGAUUUGUUGACAGAUUCCAUGCCAGUGGGCUGGGCUAACGAAAUGACACAUUUACUCCAUGUUUCUGUUUAAAUUCUCCGUCUUGGGUAAAUGCAGUAAGAGAAAAAAAAAACCCUCAUGGAUUGGACUAAUUACCAAACAGUCAUUAGCAUGAAAUGUAGAUUAAAAUGAUUUUUUUAGAUUUACACAUGCAUCUGGUGAUAGUUAAUGCUUCCAUGGGUGUGGCUAGUAGAAGAAUGGCAGUUUUACACAGAGCAAAUGCCAUGAUGCUCUGGUCAGUGUAUAACAAGGAUAAGUGAAUUUAAAAGGAUUUUCAGAAAUGUUAACCUUUUGCGCUGUACUUUUGAAAAUGCUUUUCUUUACUACAUUGAAAUGAUGAUCUUUCUGAUCCACGGUGUGUGUGUGUGUGUGUGUGUGUGUGUGUGUGUGUGUGUGUGUGUGUGUGUGUGAAAGAGAGAGAGAGAGAUUCUUCACUACUCUAUUCAGGAUUGAUAUGAAUUCAUCCAUUUGAAUAAUUUGGUGAUCAGGUAAUAUGAGGAUGACCUGAUCUUCCAAUGGCCUGAGCAGAGCUUCCUAUCUGUUACGUGUGUGUGUGUGUGUGUGUGUGUGUGUGUGUGUGUGUGUGUGUGUGUGUGUGUGUGUGUUAGAAUCUGGUAAUGUAGAUUUUCACUGGAUUGAUCUGGAAUCAUGACCACUGGUGUACAGUAAAAUUUUACACUGGAGAUAUGAAACUGGCUCCUGCUCAUCUCUCUCUCUCUCUCUCUCUCUCUCUCUCUCUCUCUC